UUCUGACAAAUAUAAAAGAGAACAGGUGAACUCCUGUCGCUCCAGAACUCUCUUCAGCAUCCAUCCCUGCAGACAAACUCCAGCAAAUCAUUGACAUCUCUCAGAAUCAAGAACAUCAGACUCCAAGAUGAUUUUGCUGUUCUUCAUGUUUGGUCUCUCUCUGGCUGCUGUGGUUCCUUCAGACAAACAGGAGAUGAAAGUGCAGCACAGCGCUUGUCCCCCAUUCUGGUUCGGCUUCAAUGAGCGCUGCUACAAGUACAUCGCCACCUUGAUGACCUGGGCUGAUGCAGAGCAGCACUGUCUGACCCAAGGAGCCAACCUGGUGUCCAUCCACAGUCUGGAAGAAGAUAACUUUGUCAAACUGCUGAUCAGAAACUUUGAUCCCGCUGAGGGAUUCAACUGGAUUGGACUGUCUGACGCUGAGAAGGAUGGAACGUACUUCUGGUCUGACGGGUCUCGAUUCAACUUCAAGCUGUGGAAUGCAGGAGAACCAAACAACUAUGGAGGUUCUGAAUCGUGUGUGCUCACCAAAUCAAGAACAUCAGACUCCAAGAUGAUUUUGCUGUUCUUCAUGUUUGGUCUCUCUCUGGCUGCUGAGGUUCCUUCAGACAGACAGGAGAUGAAACUACAGCGGGGCGGCUGUCCCCCGUUCUGGUUCGGCUUCAAUGAGCGCUGCUACAAGUACAUCGCCACUUUGAUGACCUGGGCUGAUGCAGAGCAGCACUGUCUGACCCAAGGAGCCAACCUGGUGUCCAUCCACAGUCUGGAAGAAGAGAACUUUGUCAAACUGCUGAUCAGAAACUUUGAUCCCGCUGAGGGAAUCAACUGGAUUGGACUCUCUGACGCUCAGAAGGAUGGAACGUACUUCUGGUCUGAUGGGUCUACUUUUACAUUUAACUUUUGGGACACAGGUGAGCCAAAUAAUGCAGGAGGAUCGGAACCGUGUGUGCACACAAAUUCGGGCCCAGCCAGAAAAUGGAACGAUAGAACGUGUACAGUUCCACUAUCCUUUGUUUGUAAACUUCGUCCAUAUUGUCAGUGA